CAACAGCAACAAAUAUGGUACCAUUUCUGUCCAGAAGAGUUUGAUGGUAUAACCUUUCUUCGUAAAGUAUCUACAGUCUAGCAAUGCUCCCAUCCGGUGUUUUGAAUAGCUCGAGAGCUUUCUUAUUAGCUGUUUGUUUUCUGUUUAUGAUUUCACAAGCUUUUACCGUGUCUACCGAUUCGAAUGAAAGUGAAAAGAGCCAAGACAAUGUAGGCCGACAGACAACAGUUUUACUGUUUGGUGCACUGGGAGAUCUUGCUACAAGAUACCUGUGGCGAGGGUUUUUCAAACUUUAUAAUCAAGAUUACAGUGAAAGUAAAAGUGACAGAAAGCUUAGAGUUUUUGCAGUUGGUCGUACGAAAGAAUCAAAAGCUACCUCUAAAAUGACUGAAAUCCUUACGGGUGACUUCUUUUGUAAAUCAAAAAGUGAAAUGUGCAUAGAAACUUCUCGAAGGUUUUUUAGAACUAUAUCAUAUCACAAGGCAAAGUCAGAAAACGAUUAUGAAGCAUUGAAGGAGAGAAUGUUGUCAGAAAUUGACUUGAAAACAAAAGAGGCCGUCAGAAUUAUUUAUCUCUCUGUCCCCCCAUUCGCAUAUCCAGCCAUCUUAGAGAUGAUACACAUGCAUCUUAGACCUAAGGAUGAAAAAACAUCAUUGAGAAUUGUUUUUGAAAAGCCCUUUGGUCACGAUGCUGUCUCAUCUGGACUUCUCCAAAAUUUAAUUAGCAAAUAUUUCAUAGAAGAUCAAAUCUACAGAGUAGAUCAUUACUUGGGCAAGCAAACAGUUGCAGAUAUCAUAAAUUUCAGGAUGGAAAAUAAGGAACAACUUUCAAAAAUAUGGAAUGAUAGAUACAUUGAGAGUAUUGAGAUUGUUAUGAAGGAACGCAUUGAUUGCAAAGGAAGGACUGAGUUUUAUAAUAACUAUGGUGUUGUACUUGAUGUUAUACAGAAUCACUUAACAGAAGUAUUCUUAAGACUGGUCAUGAAAAUCCCAUCUGAUUCUAGUCAUAGGAGUUUUGCUAAAUCAAAGCUUGAAGCCCUUAAAUUGGUAAAAUCUCCAGAAGUCAAAGAUAUUAUCAUUGGACAAUAUGCUAGAUAUCAAGAGCAUUUUACAAAAGAGAUGCAAGAAAAAUCAAAUGAUAUGUCCUUCAAUGUGGCUAGAACUUCUACACCAACAUUUGCAGCUAUAAAAUUAAACUAUAACUCAUCAAGUUUUGCCAAAACUCCAUUUCUUUUUAUCAGUGGCAAAAAGCUAAAUGAGAAAUCAAGCUUUGUAAAAAUUAAUUUCAGACCUUUACACAAGUACAAAGCAGAGGAUUCAGAUAAUUGUCAGGACAAGAAGCCUGAGAUUAGAUACAUCAAGUUUUGUAUUCAUUGCAGUUUGGUCAAUGGACCUGCCAUUGAAGUGUCCCCAGGCUUUGAGUUCCUCAACUUGAAAUUUCCAGAUGGAUGGAAAGAGAAAGCUUAUGGUAAAAGGAAGCUAGUGAUACCACCUGUAAUAACUGAUGCAUAUUCCUUUCUCAUUUGGCAAAUAGAUAAAGGAAAUAAAAACCUGUUUGUAGACAGUGAAUCAUUGUCUGAGUCUUGGAGAAUUUGGGACAAGGUUCAGGAUUUGGUUAAAUCUGGAAGCAUCCCAUUGAUAAAGUAUGAUGAGCAGAACUUUGAUAGGUUAAGUUUUUAUUAUGACCCAUUUACUGAUGGGUUAAGAACAGUUCAAGAUCAUUUACUGCCUAAUUUUCCAGUCAGUGAAUCUUUUCAAGCCGACGGGGAUGUCCAGUUUUCAUCAAUACAAGAAAUGCAUUUUCUAAGCAGUAAGCUUGUGACUGGGACAAUAGACCAUGUAAUUGGAAAAUUGGUAGCUGAGAUUGUUGAAGGUAUCAAUGACGCCGAAAAGAAGGGUAGAUUUUAUCACAUUGCUUUACCUGGUGGAAGUAGCAUUUUACCACUUUACAAGAAGUUAUGCAUGGUGAGUUCAAGCUUCAAGAAAGAAAAUUUGCAUGUUUGGUUGGUAGAUGAGAGGUGUGUGCCUUUGAACCAUACAAAAUCUAAUUUUAAAUUGCUUCUUGAUAAUCUUCAGUCAUGCCUACAGUUACCAUACCAAAAUCUACACCCACUGCUAACAGGUCAUAGAAAGGAUACAUGCACAGAAAGCGAUGCUGUUGAUUAUGAAGAAGAUAUCAAAGCAUGGCUACCAUUAUUCCAGUUUGAUAUGAUAGUGUUAGGACUGGGAAAGGAUGGUCAUAUUGCUUCCAUUUUCCCAGAUGAUGAGGAAUCACUUAAAUCAACAGAGUUUGUAAUUGUUAAUGAGAGUGGCCCAGAACAGGACAUAAAGUCUCGUGCAACUAUGACACUUAAGUUGAUAAACUAUGCACAAAAAAUAUCAGUCAUUGCAACCGGUAAUAAGAAAAGGGAAAUCGUUCAGAGCCUGAAAGAACAGAAAACUGAUAUGUUAAAUGUACCUGUUUUGAUGGUAAAAUCGAAUAGAUCAUCUGUUACUUGGUAUAUUGAUGACAAAGCUUAUCAUUAAGAUUCUAGUUUUUAUUAACUAGACUGGUAGAAUAUGCCUAUUUAGUAUCGCAAAAAUAAUUGUGUCAAGUUGGCUUGUUUUCAAAUUGAGAUUUAUAAGAUAAAGACAUUUUUACAGGAGGAAUUUUGAUGUCAUAUUA